AUGGCCACUCUUAGGAGAGUGAGUAAGCGGAGGUCACGCAAACUUGACCUACCAGAAACUUCGAGUACUUGUCCAGAUACCCUAGUAUCUAGGAACCGAGAACCGCUCUCUCUAUAUAAGCGUCAACUCGCCUCUCCCCCAGCCUCCUCAGGGUGUACCAUACCAGCGAGCUCUUCGGAUGUGGAGAGUUGUCACCACGGCGUAUCCGAGAGUCCUAUGAAGGAUGAUGGUGAGACUCCAAACUUUAGAAACCUACGUUUGUCCGAGCCAUCCGCCGAUUCGAAACACCUCACACUCUCGGAGAAGGUAAAACUUCUCAAGAUUUGUUGCAACUAUGGAUCCCGGUUCCUUCACUGUCCCACUUCAGGAAAACAUGCCGAGGAGGAAGUCUGGACUCCUAUCAUGGAGGAGUUUUCAACUACGGUUCGCUCCGGUGUCUUUACUAAAUAUUCCGAUGUAAGGAAAGUGGCUAGCAAGACUUGCAGGAAUCGCCGCAAGAAUACCAAAGAAAAUGUGCCGCCUCAGAGGCGGUCUCGCAUGGGAGAUUUAGAUACGUGGAUCGACCGAUGGGUACGAAUUUGGAAAUGUCGCGAUCUAGUCGUCAAUAUAGCCAAUGCACACCAGUCAAUGCGUGAGACGCUCGGGGAAAAGAAGUUCAAGCGAAUAUUUCAUCAUAGGAUGGAUGGUAACGAAAUGCCUCAAGAUCUUGGCAGGCUCACCUUAACACCUCCGCUAUGGAAAGCGAUCCAGAAGCGGAUUCGUACGGAGGAACGGUCGCUUGGAAGUCGUCACGUAUCCUUGUUCCCUGGGGAGGAUGAAUCGGAUUGGACAGACGAAGAAGAAACAGAAGAUGACACGAUGGAGGAAGCAGACGACGAGGGACCGCCUAUAAAAUCCAUCGAAGAGGAAUUUCAAAACUCUUCCUCAGAAGCUCCGGAGGGCAUAGUAACAACUCCUAAUCGAGAAGCCGAUAUGGAGCUAGAGUUUCCGGAUCCGACUCCACGCACCCAGGCAAGGCUUGAUGAAUUCGAACGGGGUUACGCCACUGUACUAAAGGAAGAGCAAGGGAGGACAGGCAAGCAACUGUCUGUCACUGGCUUAGCACAUAAGAGACACGAGGAAGAACAACAAGCUUCUGCGUCUUCUUCAAGACUGGAAGAAGCUCUCGCGGGUGGAGCUACGCAACCGCAACUAGAAGAGAAAGGACCAACAACUCCUAAAUUUCUCGCCUUGGCUUCGAACUCCGGUGAAGUCGAGGACAAAGAGCGUGAUGGUUCAACGGGCUUAUUCGUCGAGAGAUCAACGCCAGUUCCUGGCGCGGCUGACGUGCAACGAAGUGCUGGUACUAGUGCUAGUCGGUUCCAACGCCUCGAACCUGGCACCUAUUGCCCUAACAAGGACGUCCAGCCGGCGAAUGAUGAGCCACAGCGCCAAGGAGAUAAAGUCAUCACACCCUCUAGCUCACACUCAAAGAAGCGUGGGAGAUGCCAGUCUAUAAAAAACUUGUCAUCAAACUCACUAAGCGAUCCUUGCAAAGGAUCGUUCAGACCUCCUACCGCGCCCAAAGCUCUAUGUGUUAUCACAUCAGCUAGCAACGAGCAUUUUGCAAAGAGGCAGAGACCUCUGGCACCAUCCGGCCACGUACAAACUCCCGUACCAGCACCUGAUCUGACAAAGUACGGCCUGAAACCCUUUUGGCGGCCGAGUACAAAACCAGCCGGUCAGAGCAACGACGUCCCUGAAAAGCAUGGGCACCCAAGUGUCGGGCCUCUGGAAAAAGGCAAAGGGAAGGCAAUUCAACCCCAUACCCAGAACAAGCACUUCGCAUCCGACUUACGAUCGUCGAAUGGAAACGGCUAUACGUCCAAGUGGAAAACGGGCGCGAAAAAUAUUACACCAUCUCAUCGCUUCAACCCAUACGGACAACCCGGUGGUUCUUCCGGUCCUGCUACAUCACAGAAUCGCCGGAAAAACAGCGGCAGAGGGAAGCGAGACCGUUACAGGGGGAAGGAUCAUCACGACCGAGCUGGUGGCGGUAGUCAUAGUAUUAAUAGGUUUAUGAGGGAGGUGACGACGGACACGGUAGAUUUCGAAAAUUUCAGCCCGGAGAGGAAAUGGGACUUCUUGCACCGCGAGAUAUCUCGAAUGAAAGAGACGCUUAGGAAGAUAGACAGAGACUGA